UAUACACAUAGUGCUAGGUAUACCAGGAGAUUAAUAUUAUUUGCCAAAUUUACCCGAUCAGUCUUUUUCGAAGAAUUCCAACUUCAUUAUCCGACUCUGCCCUGCCUUUUUCAUCGGCUUCUCCGCCGCCAUGGGGAGGACCAAAGAAGUGGCGCGUCGCGGAUACAGGGAGGUUUUGCCAAGGAGAGAACCUGUGGUCCGCAUCCGUAAACCCCCGCCCCAACCAAACGAACCGCAUUCCGAAUCAGAAAAAAAUUCCGAUCUCGAAUCAGACGAAACUUCUAAUUCCGAAUCAGAGGAAAAUCACGAUUCCGAAUCAGAAGAAUAUUCAGAUCCAGAAUCAGAAGAAGUUUCCGAACCGCCAGAGCCGCCGCCACGAGCACAUGAUGACAAUUGUAUUUCCUAUCGAAUUGCUGAAAUUUUAAAUCCUGAAGAAGAAGCUGUAGUGCCUAAAAGAGAACAGAAGUUGUUUUCAUCAUCGGAUCAAUCACCAGAGGAAACAACAGCAGUUGAAAAUAAAAGGCCUAUAAUUAUGACAAUUAGAGAAGAGCAUCAAGUCCGGUCAUCAGACCAGCCGCCUGAGAGAGAGGUUAAAAGGGAAAACUGUUGUCCUGAUUCACAAGAAAAUGCCAAGAAUCCGGGCAUUUCUUUUGCUGACGAAAACGUUGGAAUCUCUUUGGAUGAUUUUGUUCAGCAGUCAGGUGAAAAACUUGAAGAGAUUGGAGAAGCUCUUGGAGUUACACGACCUACUUUAAAACGUAUACAUCAGGAACUGGAAACAUAUUGUCGGCCUCUGCUCAAGAGAUACAAAUUGGAUGACAUUAGAUCAAAUACAUCUGUCGAUCCUGUAGGUGGUGACACUAUUAAAACAUCUGAGAAUAGACCUUGUUCUAAUGAUAAUGCCACAACAGAAGUGGCUUUGGCAGCAAUCCUGACAGAGAUGGUGACGAAAAGUUACAGGGCUGAACGCAAUCAUACCAUGAUCGUUGAGGCAACUUACAGAGGUGAUACUGUGAAGUUCCCUUUAUGUAGUAACUCUGGGAUUGAAAAACUGCGGAGAGAAUUGGAUAAAAGGUUCGAGUUGAAAGUUGAGAGUUUCAAAAUUAAGUACAAGGAUGAUGGCAAAUGGUUCAUGUUGUGUUGCAACGAAGAUUUGCGCUUUCAUAUGGAUGGUUUAAAUGCAUCAGGGCUGACUAUGAUGGAACUGUCGGUUUCGUUACCCAAUUAGCUGAUCCUUCAGUUUAUCAUGUAGUACUACAUAAAUGUACAAAUGCUCUCUUAUGGACCGAAGAUUUGUAGGGUAAUCUGUUGCAGAAUUCUAAACUUUUUGGGCCGCAGAUUAGGGGAUCAGAAUGGACAGUGCUUUGUAGAUAUGGACUUGGAGUUGGCAGAUUAUGUCUCGUCUCAACGAAGCUAGUUAUUUGCUAUCUAUGUUAUGAGAAUUUGUUUAGUUGGUGCAUGUUUAAAGCUUCCUUAAUCAGAGAAAUUACGCACGUAAAGUC